UCACCAUGAAGGCAAAAAUGAAGCCUGUAGCCUUCUCUUAAAAAGUACGAGUUGUCGGCGAUAGAAAGUACUGAUUUUCACGAUGUUAUUCCACGCAGAAGAUCAGAUACUUUUAGAUGUACAAUUUCACGUACGAGUCGAUGAAGCCGGUGCUAACAGUCAAGCAUGGCUUUCCCUUUUUCUGAGCAUCAACACUCUUUUUAGUGUGUUAUUUAUUAUCGUCGUAACAAAACUGGACGUUCUUCGAUCCUGGAAAAUCAGAAGCGUGGAAAUGAAAAUAAAAGUCAGCACUAAACGAGGUAAGACAAUUCAAGUUUAAUUUAGUAAACUGCAACACACCCCGUAGGUCCAAAGCUCAGUUCCGGACUAUAGCUGGUCCAGACGCGAUCGAUCAAACGAUGUCUCGUUGAUGAUCUCUAUUUUACUCCUUCAGAGAUUUACAGAGGAAAAAUUUCCGACAAUUUUAAGGGAAGACCUUGGCAAAUGUACUUUAUGGACUUCAUAGCGGCUAUGAAAUCUUUCAUACACAAUGCCAAUCCCUUUUUAGCGUUCGGCACAUGCAAAUUUAGAAUCAUACGAUAUCUUUCCGGUUUUCCCAUUGGUCUAUCUCAUUUAUCGUGAUAACGAAAACAAAAAUGUAAAUAUUUUAAAAGAUAGUUCAAAAUCUGCCAUUAUUAUUGUAAGAUCAAGCAAAACAGCUGCAAAACUAUGCAGAGUUUGGUUUCAAUGGCGUCGCCUGUUAAAGAAAGAUUAACAGAGAGACUGAUCAUCGAAAGCUCGCUUCAAAAUAACGACGAUAACUUUAUAAAUUAAUUAUUUAACAGUUCAGAUAAGUUUGCUCGUGAGGAUAUGGCUUGUCGGUCCCUGCAGGACUUCCGGUUUGGGAGAAGUCAGGCUAGCAACAUAUCAGGCAUUUAUCCGACGCGAAAACACCAUAAAAUAUAUGAUUACGUAACUUUAAUUGUUUUUGGAAACAAAACCUUGAAAUCGAUGGGAAAGUACGUCAUGCAUCAACAAUCCUGCGCGAAGAUAUUGAAUACCAAAUAAGCGGUAUCAACUGCGGUUCCGGGAGAAUGUUUCCUUUGCCACCCUAGGCUUACAGAGCGGAAAUAGCUCAAGCCGUGAUCGUAUGAUCAAAACUUAGUUCUGCCGGUUGUACUUUGUUCAUCUUCUUGCACUUUGAACUCUCCAGAGAUGCAUCUUAUUGAAUGCUAAAUGUGUUUUGCAUUUUUGGCAAAAGUCAUUGUCGAUCAAAAGCUUGUUAUUAUAUUGGAACAGGUAAAACCCAGACAAAACAACAGUGACAAGCGUUUAAGUUUCGGGGGUUACUCCCUAUAACGGCUUAUACGUGGAGGCUCCGCCCGAAAGGGGUACCUAUUUCAGACGUUAGGAUAUGCCAUAUGAAUGGGAGCGGAUUUCACAAGUUGAUCGAAGUAUUUAAAAGAAUAGGAAAAUCUGUCAUGUUUUAAGGCCCAAAAGGGCUAAAAGAUACAUUUCAUGGCUGUAAAAUAUGUCGAGAAAACGGCCUGGUCUUGAGAUUUACUCAUAUUCAAACGACAGUGGAUUUAAAGCAGUUAUUAAAAGGAGUGGAAAGUUAUAAAUUACUUGGUAUAUGAAAAGAGGUACUAUUUGUCAGUAGAAGGAAAGGUAGGGGUACCUUUUCUGUCAAAAAUGUUCUUUAAAAAGGGGUUAGACCUCGGGCCAUGAGCCUGUCGGGGCGUAGCCCCUCCUUUUAAAAUUUGUUGAGUACCCUUCCCCCCCGGGAAGGCGUUUAAGUAAGCACAAGGAAGCAAGAGACCAUGAAAUGGCUUGGAAUGUUGAAUGUAAAAACUUUUACAUAGUCCCUUAACCGCUAUGUACUGAUCCCCUAUUGAAGGCCUUUAAAAUUUACAAUGAAGAAAGACUACAAAUAUACCUCGCGCCACUUUAUUUUCGGGGGUUGCAAUAUUUGGGGUUUCUUUACACGAUGCGAUAACACGGAGUCCCGCGUAAAUUGAAUCACCGAACCCAGACAGUCUAAAUCCCCCAGGAUUCCCGAUACAGAGGAGUAAUAUCUAGGUCUUUUAUCUAAAUUGUAGGUCUUGAUUGACAAGUCCCUCUGCAGCGUGGGCAUACAGCUUUCGAAAGGCUUUGUCGCAUGUUGUUUCACCUGAAUUUUGACUUCGAAUAGCCGCCCAGAUGCAUGUUUAAAAUUUAGGCUAAAAAGAGAGGCGCGUAUUGGAAGGGUGGAAGGGGGCGUUAACUUUAUUUUGGCUAAGCGCAGAGUCAAUAUUAAUAUGUUACGUUUGUGAAACAAGUAGUUGGUAAUCAAGCGCACCGUAGUGCCAUUAAACGUUUUACACUCCUCAUUACAGUCUGUUCUGUAGAUUAGUCACGUGCUAAAGCAUGUGCAAAAUCAGGAGAGAAUAUUCUCAGUUAUCGGGAGUCGGCUCCUGCAAUUAUUUUUAAAAUAAAUUCGCUCAUUUAUAUCUUGCGGGAUGCACAAAAAUGGUUUAUUAAAUGUAAUCGAUGCUAUAAUGAGUCAUUACUGCGGUAUUUUAAAAAAAAUUUUAGCUACAUUUGCAUUAGAAAAGCAGCAAAUUACAUCCAUCAUAGGCGCUGUUAAACACUUCGAUAAAAUAGUGGGCAAUUUUUGCUCACCCAAAUUUAUCCUAGGUAACCUAGAAAUAUAUGGAAAAGAACCUCGAUAUAGCGAAACAUCCUCAUUGUGAACAUAUUUUGCCAGUCCCUUGGUCCUUCUUUAUAUCGAGAUUUGAGUUAAUCUAUGCAGUUUGUUUCAGUUGCGAUAAUUUUUCAAGAGAGGAUACCCUGAUAUUUAAAAAUAUUUUCUAAAAAUUAUUUCCGCCUGUGCCCCAGAGGAUAAACAGACCAAUGCUAAGCUCGGUCAACAACGGAAGCUAAACCAAUCAAAUCUUUCCAUGGAAAGCUAGAAACAUACUGGAAAAAUUACUAUUUUAAAAAUCUUACAAAAAAGACAGAAGAAAAAAUCAAGCCCUGCGAAUCUUGUCAAGAUGAUUUCAGUGCAUAAUGGAAAAAUAUAUAUCGAACGUAAACAGUUUUAAAAAGCGGAAGGAGUAGCCCCUGUUACUCACUACCGACGGACCCACCGACGGGGUAAAAUGCCACAAGCCCACUCCACCCGCCUGAGAAAAAAAGUCUUCCCAUAGUUCAUCGCGCCCGCGAGUCGAGGUUGUUCCAUGAAAUAUAUUGUUGCAUCAUUUUCAAGCUCUUUUGGCGACCUUGUUCCCAUUUUAACGUUAAUUCUUAGUGAAAGGAUCGACGAAGAAAAAUUCCGAAAUCCAAUUUUAACCAUGUAUUGCAUUUUACGUGGAUCUACAAGGGUAAUUUUGUACCGUUCGUCGUGCGCGCGAUCUCCUCUUGUUGUAAAGUCGAAUGUCGUCCCAGAACAUUCGCCUAUUCUCUACAGCAAGUUUUCUGUGCUUGGAAUAUAUCCUUUGCUUUCACGUAAAUAUCAUACAGCCAGAGGUGAGCUUUUCUGAAACCCAGCGCGAAGCUCAAAUUGUACCUAUUACCCAACGGUCCGUCUAGCUGUCACGCGAUCAUCAUAGACAGUUUUAAUGACGACCCGAACUUGUUUUGAAGGUUUAUUGGCUUGAAAACUGCUGUAGAUAAUCUCACGAUUAGUCAUUCGCCUUCCCGAUUUUAGUUGGAUUUGUAGCAGAUGAUUAUUUCUCUUGUUUAUUGAAGCUCACAAGUACAUGAUCCUUUCCUCUUUACCUUAGGUGCCCAGAGACUUGGGACAGCCGUGAGAAGCUAUUUGGGGAACUUGCGAUGGUUUAGUAUUCCAGCAAGUGUGGGCUUUGCUUAUAUUUGUUAUCAGCAGUUCUGGCAUGUUAAGGAAAGAGAAGAAAGAAGACUCAAAUCUGGUGAAUUGGUUGCUCAGUGGCAGGUAAGGGAUGAUUGCGUGACUUUUUUGUGUUGUCACGCAACAUAUCAAUACAUUUUUUUUAGAAGAAAGCCUAAUUUUGGGGUUGAGGCUGAGGUUGAACAUUCUUAGUUUUCUUUUUGUGAUUUUAGCCUGAAAAUGUUCUUAACAUAUCCAUAAAGGAAAGACAUUUUUAGCUAUAGGCAGAGUUGUUCUUCAGUGGAUCAUGCAAUAAGAAAACCACAUUGCUGAUUUUAACUAAGUAUUUGAGUCAAUUGUCCUGUUAGACUAAAGUUUCAUUUCUUUUAGCAUUAUUUGUACUAGCCUAAAGAAAUGAGGUGACUCUCAGCCUGGGUGUGUUUUUAGUGUGUUCUUAAAAUUUUGUAUUUAAACAUUAAUUUAAAAGGAGGUUUUUGGUACAAAAAAAUGAGUGUUUAUUCUACACUGUACACCCUCAUAAAAUUUUCUUCCGUUGAAUAUGUGGAUUCUCUUUUUGUUUUCAGGUUGCCUUAAUGAAGAAGCUACCAACAAGAGCUUUUUCUCGUGUAUGGGGUAAAUUUUGUGACAUGGAUUUACCCCUUUGGUUGCGUAAACCUGUCAUUGGAACAUUUUCGUGGUAUUUUUCCUGUAAUGUUGCUGAAGCUGUGGAAGAAGAAAUUAUUAAUUAUCCAAGCCUGGGAGCUUUCUUUAGGAGACAACUUAAACCUAACACUAGAAAGAUCUGCGAGGCUAGUUCUAUUGUAAGUAUACUUGAAGCUACAUUCAAGUCAACGUGAGUCCGCCUAUCACCCCCAACCCCACAAAAGUUUUCUAAAAGCCCUAUUUCAGGCUAAAAGAAGUACCCCACUCUGUGGUUAAGUCAAAAGGUAUAUUGUUCAAGAUUAAAAGUGAAGCUAAAUGUUGCAAAUAUAUGUGUUUGAAAUUAACAAAUAAAUUAGCAUGUCAGAAAACACCCUAUUGGUACAUGUAUGUCGUGUCCUUCUACACAGGGGCACUUCACAGGCAUGCAGCACACUUUUUUGCAGAUUCCUUUGCCCUCAAUGCACGACAUAAGUUGUCAAACAUGAUCAGAAUGGCAACUAUUGUUUUAUCAGUAGCAACUGUCCAGACUUCAAUUUCAUUGGAAAUAUCCAUAGGGAGGCACAAUUAACCUUUGAGACUUUUGGAGGUUUUAGUGUUAGAUAAGGAGACAGUUGGUGUGCACAUUUUUUUUAUAUUUCAAGUCAAACAGGUUUUUCAAUUUCUGACCUCUUCCUUUGACCAACUUGGUAAAUACCAAAAAUGGUCCAAUAAAACCAGUUUAGCAUGCAAUAGGUCUGUUCAUCACCAUGGUAACAUUAUUUUACUAAUAAUAUUGACUACUUUUUUUUCCAUUUUGUAAGGUCAGUCCAGCUGAUGGGCGUGUUCUUCAUUUUGGUGUAGUGGAAAGAGACAUGGUAGAGCAAGUCAAAGGAAUGACUUAUUCAAUGAAAACUUUCCUUGGACCUGACCAGCCAUCUACUUCAACACUCAGGGAAUUAGAAGUGAAUGAGGAUAAAAAGCUUUAUCACUGUGUUAUUUAUCUUGGACCUGGUGACUACCAUUCAUUUCACUCUCCUAGUGAAUGGAGUGUUUCCCUCAGAAGACAUUUUCCAGGUUGGUUUUCAUCUACAUGUAUGGAGUGCAUGUCCAUAGGGAAAAUUUGAGAAAAGAAUCAAAUUUUUUUUUUAUCAAGACCUGAGAGUUUGUCUGUUACUGGGGAUCAAACCUAAGACUGUUGCGCUCCAGUCCAUUCCUUUAGUAAGUUUACGCUACAAAGUGAAAUGGAAUACAAUAGUCUUUCGUUCUUCCACCCAUUUACACACCAAACAAUAGUUCUUUAAGCUGCAAUAUCCACAGACAAGUUUUCCACAUCAAUUUCUAUACACUUCAUAAAAAAUAAGUUGAGAGAAUUUGUUAAAAGGUCUAAGCAUAUUCCCCUUGGUGAUCAUUUUAUAAAUUCUCGUAACCUUUCCUCUUGAUUAUGUAUUGACAUUGUUAGGAGUUAAUUGAUGUUGGUCAUUUUUGGGACUUAAAGGCAUAAUGUAUUAAUACUUUGUAGUACUGUUAUAGAUAAAAGAUAUAUAAUAAUAUUAUUUGUUACUUCUUUCCUUGACCCAUACAGGAGACUUAUUUUCCGUUCACCCAGGAAUUGCAAGAAUAAUGUCUGGUUUGUUUAACCACAAUGAACGUGUUGUUUUGAGUGGUACAUGGAAGCAUGGAUUUUUUAGUUUUACUGCAGUUGGAGCUUACAAUGUUGGAUCUAUUGUCCUUAAGUUCGAUGAGGUAAAAAGUAACACACAAAAUGCUUUUCAGUAAAUUAUUACAAUAACUUCAAUAGUGUUCUUAUUAAUUACCUUCAAUCCUCUUUUAUUACCAUUAUUACAUGUAGGUAGUGUAUUUUGUGUAUUUGUAGUGGUUCUUUAUUGAUAUAGAUCAGAUGUGGUAGUGUACAUGUUAUAUUAUUAAUUAAUAAAAAAAGAACUGAAAAAAAUACUGUUUUUUUGGCAAGAGGGUAUUUGUCAUGUUUUUGCUGUUUCUUAGUAUACAUACAUACAUACAUACUUUAUUGUUACUUCCCCAAAGGGUCUUUUUAGGAAAAUGAUUAAAUUAAAUUUGAUUAAUGUUAAUUCCUUAGUAUCCCAAUAAACACGUAAUUUCCCUCAUUUUGUUUUACAGUCAAACCCUGUUAAUACGGACACUGAGGGGCCUGUAGAAAGUGUCCGUAUUAAGUGGGUUGAAUUUAUAGAUAAUGUGAGGAUUUUCUUUCCCCAAGGACAAAGCAAACUGUGUGUAAUAUAAUGAGGUGUCUGUACUAAGGAGGUGUCCAUAAUUAAAGCGGCAUUUGACUGUACUUCAUAUUUACAAAUGACUUAUCAUAACAUAAUUUGUUGUCAGUGAUUUAAGAAAUGUGAUUUUGAAAUAAAUUCUGCAAAUAUGGAAACAUUUAAGACUUUAUUUAUGCUGCUGCGUAAUUAAUGUAGCACAUGCAUUGUUUUAAAGUAUCCAAUUUGUUAACUUUUGCAGGAUUUGAAAACCAAUAAACCAGAGAGAUAUACACCAGGCUUCUACGAUGAACGCGGAUAUGUUGAUGACAACACUAAAGGUGUAUCUUUGAGACGUGGAGAGAGGAUGGGAGCUUUUAACCUUGGAUCAACUAUUGUCUUGAUAUUUGAGGCACCAAAAGACUUCGAAUUUCUUGUUCAUCCUGGACAGAAACUGCAAUAUGGUGAACCAAUUGGAUCAUCUCAAAAAGACACAGACUAGACUUGAAAUUUAUUUUGUCAAGUAAAUUAUUCCGAUAUCUGUAGAUUACAAUGCUGUAAUAUACUAAAGCCUGUGUAUAGCAGAUAACCACACGACCAUUUCUGUGUUAAAGAAACUGUUGUUGGUUAUGCACUUGUCGAGGCCCAGCUGUUAGGGUAAAUUUCUGACAAGCAACAUGGCCUUGAAACAGUGUAACCAGACAAAAUGAAAUGGCAAAAAACAACAUGAAGAUGGGUUUAAUACUUACAGGGACAUGGCCUACUCCUCAAAAUGCAAAAAGACCUUAUGUGAUAUUCAGAGAACAGGGGCAGAUCUAGGGGGAGGGUGCAGGGGGUGCGCACCCCCCCCAUCCCCUGAGAUGACCUGCGGUUUUCUAAUACAACUGGUAUUCUGCAAAAAAAAAAAAAACACUAUGUGGUUUAUUGGUGUUGAUGUAGAGCAAGAGACGAGUGCACCCCCACCUAAAAAAAAUCCUGGAUCUGCCCCUGGAGAACAGACAUACAUAUCCCCUCUCCUAAAAGGGCAAGACCAAUUAAGGUUUCUGGAAAACUGCUCACCUACCCCUCCCCUAAGCCAA